CCACAAUUCCCCAUAUCAUGUCCUUCUUCCUUUUCCUUUUCCACAGGUUUCUGAAAGUGGUUGCAUUACCAUUUACUACUUUCUUUCUCUCUUCUCAACACACCCAAAACAAAACAAAACCACCCCAACCCCUUCCACUCGCAUUCUUCAGUCACACACGGAAUGGGUGACAUGUACCACUUUGACAAGAACCUCUCUUCGCAAGACGAAAUCUCACUUUUUCUGCGUCAGAUUCUGCUCCGUUCAUCUCCACCUUCUUCUUCUUCAUCUUCCCGCCCCAUGCCUACUGUAUCCUGCACCUCUAACGUUGCUCACCAAAACGUAAAUGCACACCCUUCUUUCACAGCGUCGCAGCUCCAAGAUGGGAAGAUCUUGGCCCUUGAUUCCACCGCUUCUUUUGCCUCGGGUUCUGCUGCUUGCAGCUCCUUCAAGGGCCAGGGUGCUUCUGCUGCAAAUGUGUCUUCUUCGUCUGCUGGAGUGAGUGAGAACGAAAAUGAUGACUAUGAUUGUGAAAGUGAGGAGGGUGUUGAGGCUUUGGCCGAAGAAGUUCCAACAAAGGCUGCUUCUUCUAGGAGUUCAUCUAAAAGAUCAAGAGCUGCUGAAGUUCAUAAUUUGUCUGAGAAGCGAAGAAGGAGUAGGAUCAACGAGAAAAUGAAGGCUUUGCAAAACCUAAUUCCAAAUUCUAACAAGACAGAUAAGGCUUCAAUGCUCGAUGAAGCUAUUGAAUACCUUAAACAGCUUCAGCUCCAAGUACAGAUGCUGUCAAUGAGAAAUGGGUUGAGUUUGCAUCCUAUGUGCUUUCCUGAUGGCUUGCAGCCUCUGCAGUUGUCUCAGAUGGGUAUGGAAUUAAGUGAAAGAAACAGGUCUACCCCUUUAAACAUGUCAGCUACUCUGCCUCUGCAUCAAGACAACAACCCCUUGCACUAUGCAUCCAAUCAGCCAUGUGUGCCCUAUCCUCCAUACAUUAACAACCCAGAAACUUCUUUCGGUCUGGAACCCCGAAUCCAACCGGAUACGAAACCUCUUCAACACAAAGAAGGAUCUUCUGAGCCAAUACGCGGGAAAGACAUUCUGCAGUACCAGCAAUCAAGUGCUAUCCAUUCAGAUACCAAUACAUUAGGUGGUUCUCAAGUUGUCAAAGAAUUCGAUUCAGGCACGACACUAUCGUUCCCUUUUGACACGCAAGCAUGUGAACCCAAAGACAACAACUCUUUGCAACCAUGCAUCGGCGGAAGAGAUCAUUCAGGAGUGAUGAUAAGAAAUAGUGAGACCAACAUUAUUGGUAGGUAAUUGGUAGGUUCAUGCCUGCAAUGCAACAUUAACAUGUCUUGAAAAGUUUUUUAACCAGAGACUGCAGAGGGGAGAAAGCCAGAUUUUUUAGUCUAGCCCUGCAAUGCAAUGCCUUUUGAAUUUUGGUUUCCGCGUAAAAGCAGGAAUCUCAAUAUCCCUUGAGCAUUUUGUAAUGUUCUCAAAAAGCUUAUGGCCUACGUGAUAUGAGAGCAGAUUUUUUUUUUUCUAGCUUCUCGAGUUGAUAAAAUUAUGUAUAAUGUACGUAGAGAAUAUAACUGGUCAUUGUUAUACGGAUUAUAUAACGACUGCAAAAUCUCCUAUGAUGAUAUGAUUUCAGUUCACGAUAAAACAUUGCCUAUUUUUGGGCGUCAUUU